AUGCUAGACGUAGCAAUCUCAGUGUUGGACCCGCGCCUCGCCCAGCAAGCAUCAUCGUCACAGACUACACCUCUUCAGCAGCCCGCUACCGUCAGGUUCACCUUAGCUUCGCAAGUCCGCCACCAGAUUCGCGAAAGCGCGCACGAAGCGUACCGCCUGAAACCUGCAAAAGCCGAGAUCGAGCUCCACGAGGACAUCAUCGACCCUGAAAACCCGGGGGGGGGGGGAUGUGACUUGGAGGCCUGCGUGGACCUGGCGCGGCGUUUCGCUCAGCGCCUGAUUAAGGCGCUGGGGAAGAGGAUGGCGGACCUGCGCCAUUUCGAUGGUGUUGGGUUUUUCACUCCUGAUAAGUAUCCCUUCCGUGCAGGAGAGCAGGACACAUGGACGCAGCACCAUCUCACCGAGCUCCUGGACAUGUUCAAGAACCAGCUACCUGGAGUCGCUCUUGCUGACAUAGAGCCGCAGAUGCGCCUCUUCACAGCCACCAUGGAGAAGAAGUUUAAGAAGCAUAGCUUCCAUCAGGCUCUCACCAACAUGCUGCGCACUGCAGACUGGAAGGAUGACUAUCCCACCAUAGUCUCUCUCUGGCGUGCGGUCUCUGUGUUGCCCCUCAGCACUGUUGAGUGUGAGAGGGGCUUCUCCCGCCAAAACAUUAUUAAGUCGUGGGAUCGUGUUGCUCUUACUGAUGUUAGGCUGGGGGAGCUGAUGACGGUGAAGAUGCUAGACUACCCGGUGGUCUGGGCAGCGGCCUAUGCCUUGUUUGAGGAUAAGGGGAGGAAGGGGAGGAAGCCUGCCAACUAG